GGGGUCCCGGCUGGAGGUGCUGCGUCCUGGGCCGGCCUCUUUGGGAUCUGCGCCGCCUGCCUGAGAUCUCGUGAUGUUGGUCAUAAGGUCUCGAGUACCACUUGAGCCAGCAGCUGCGUUUGCAGCAUGGCUUCGGAGCAAGAUGUUCGGGCACAGCUGCAGCGCGCGGGCCAGGAGCAUCUCCUUCGCUUCUGGGCCGACCUGGCUCCGGAGCCUCGAGCCGCGCUGCUAGCGGAGCUCGCUUCUCUAGAGCCCGACGCUCUGCGUGAACACUGCCAGCGCGCCUCGGCCGCCUGCGCGCUUGCCCCCGGUCCUCUGCCGGACUUGGCGGCGCGCCUGCAGCCCCUGCCCCCAGAACGCGUAGGCAGCGCGAUCCGCUGCGACCAAGAGGCACGCCUUCGGUGGGAAGAGGAAGGUUUCCGACAGAUUGCUUUGAACAAGGUGGCUGUCCUGCUGCUGGCCGGUGGACAGGGCACUCGCCUGGGCGUCACCUACCCCAAGGGCAUGUAUCAAGUAGGGCUGCCCAGCCAAAAGACCCUGUACCAACUGCAAGCAGAGCGGAUCCGGCGUGUUGAACAGUUGGCUGGCCAGCGACUGGGGACCCAUUGCACCGUGCCCUGGUACAUCAUGACCAGUGAGUUUACACUGGGACCCACCAUCAAGUUCUUCAAGGAGCAUGACUUCUUCCACUUAGACCCGGCUAAUGUGGUCCUGUUCGAGCAGCGCAUGCUACCUGCUGUGACCUUUGAGGGCAAGGCCAUACUGGAACGGAAAGACAAAGUUGCCAUGGCCCCAGAUGGCAACGGGGGCUUGUACUGUGCCCUGGCUGACCACCAGAUCCUAGAGGACAUGAAACGGCGGGGCGUGGAGUUUGUACAUGUGUACUGUGUGGACAACAUCCUGGUACGGCUGGCUGACCCAGCAUUCAUCGGCUUCUGUGUGCUUCACGGAGCCGACUGUGGUGCCAAGGUGGUGGAAAAAGCAUACCCUGAGGAGCCAGUGGGCGUGGUGUGCCAGGUGGACGGUGUCCCCCAGGUGGUGGAGUACAGCGAGAUUAGCCCUGAGACCGCUGGGCUCCGAGGGGCUGAUGGGGGCUUGCUCUACAACACAGGCAACAUCUGCAACCAUUUCUUCACUCGAGACUUCUUGGAAAUAGUCACCAGGGAGUUUGAGCCCUUGUUGAAGCUGCAUGUGGCUGUGAAGAAGGUCCCAUACGUGGAUGAGGAGGGAAAUCUGGUAAAGCCGCUAAGACCGAAUGGGAUAAAGAUGGAGAAGUUUGUGUUUGAUGUGUUCCAGUUUGCUAAGAACUUCGUUGCCUUUGAAGUAUCUCGGGAGGAGGAAUUCUCACCAUUGAAGAAUGCUGACACAGCCAGCAGGGACAACCCUUCUACUUGCAGGAGAGCCUUGCUGGCUCAGCACUACCGCUGGGCUCUGCAGGCCGGAGCCCACUUCCUGGACGUACAUGGGGUCCAGCUUCCUCAGCAGUCUGGCUUGCUCCCAAAUGGAGACCCUCCAGCCAUCUGUGAGAUAUCACCCUUGGUGUCUUACUCUGGAGAGGGGUUGGAGAUGUACCUACAAGGCCGGGAACUUCAGUCUCCAUUCAUUCUAGAUGAGGACCAAGCCAGGCUGCUGCAGCCACAGGACUGCUAACCUGCUUGCUCCCAGUCUCUCUAGCCCUGGGGUCCUAUCGGGUGCUGAUACAGCUCUGGCCCAGGCUCUGAGUAGAAAUGCUGGCCUGCAAGACACAGAAGGGAGUGUGCUAGUUUACGUCACAAGGUUGGGAUCUCUUGGGUCUCCCGUGGACUGUAGAUGUCUGUCUCUAUAGUUUUUGCUUGUUUUGUUUUUGCCCCAUUGCUGGCUCUGGGCUUAGCUGAGAGGUAGAGGGUUGGGGACCUUGGAAAAUGGGGCUAGAGGUAGAGUGUGAGGAGGUGUUGUCUGAGAACACAGGACAUGCCCUCUAAGAUUCAUCCUGCCAGCACACAGGCCAGCCAUGUGCUCAGCAGACCGUGAGAUGCCUCAUGGGGGUGUAGUUAAAGGACCCCCUCCCCAGUAGCAGAACAGUAGCUAGCUGAGCAUGUCACCCAUGUGCCUAGAUGUACCAACAGACGAGGCUUCGAGGACCCUGAUCUGCACACCUGAGGUGAAAACAGUUCUCCUUGCCUUCCAUAGAUCUCUCCCACAGUCCGAGUCUCCCAGUCAGCACCCACAAAUGGGCCUGGCUGUUGUGUUCUUGAUUAUUUUCCCCCAAGAACCAGAGCCCACACUGUUGCCUUUUGCAAUGACUACUGGUUUUGACCGAGUCAGCAUAUCUCAUCCUGGUUUGGUCUUUUCCUGGAGCUUAGAACUUACGUGGAGAUGUAGCUUCUGAUUAAGUGGUGCUUGGCUCUGCCACCCAGCCUUGUCUCUGAAUCACAGCUGGUUUCCUGUGCCGGUGACACCAACCCUUCCCGUAAUGUAAUAGUGAUUAAGAGAGGCAGCCUGCUCCUCAGCCACCUAGCCCCAGAUGUGUGGGCUCCUGCUCAUUCCUGUCCACACUCCCAGAGUGGGUUUCUGGGAAGAGUAUACUCACCUUACAGUGUGGAGGCUGUGGAUGUGGACUUGAGGAAGAUGGCAGGAUCAAGCCCAUGGCUGCCAUCUUUGAAACAUGUAGAAGGCAAACUGGACUUUUGCUGAGCUCUGUGGUCAUCUUGCUGUAAGCUUCAGAAACAAACUAUAUUUUGGCACCCUUCUCUUACUGCUCCACAGGCAAGCUGGGGUCCCUGGAGCAGGAGAAGGUCCCUGAGAGAGAUCAAAGCCUCAGGUUCUUCCUGAAUAAACAAUCAGUUGAGUGAA